GUCGCGAGAAGUCAGUCGACUCGUUGCCUCGGUACGGGUAGCGUCGUUUCGUAGUUUCUUUCUUUUUAACGGGUCCGCGUCGCGCGUGUUGGCUCGCGCGCGCGCGCGCCACCAAUCGCCUGCCAUUCUCGUCCUUUAUUUCUUUUUCUUUCUUUUCUUUUUUUUCGUUUCUACGUGUAGUGCUUUUACCAGAUCUCGCGAGUGCGAAGAAACCUGAGAAAAGUGUGGACGUACGAGAGAAUGUAGCCGAGAAAGCGGAGAAGAGGGAGAAGGACACGAAGGAGGAAGGGCCACGACAUUUGGAAUAAGUGGGAAGGAAAGGGAUAGACGAGGGUGAAGAACAGAAGGGUGAUCUCGUUUUGCGAGAGAGAAGAGAAAUAAAUAAAGAAAGAAAGAAAGAAAGAAAGAGCGACGGCGGUGGUUGAUCGUGUCUGCUGGAAAAGGAGAGCGGAUGAAACGGUGGCGAAACGUGGCGAACGCGACGAAGAAAGGAUAAAGGGUUAUAAGAGAAAGAAGAGAUCCCCGAUGUGUGCUGCAGGACCGUACGAUGGCCGGGGCCCUGUCUGAGAAUGCCCCGAGGCCCGUGAGCGUCGUUGGCGUCGACGGUAGUACCGUGGUAAUUGUCAGGAGCAACGCGGACGAUCAGGAAUCGCGGGGAGACAACAACAAUAACAACAAUCGGCACAGCAACAACAACAGUAAUCCCAACGAUAAUCCCAACGAUAAUCCCAACAACGGGAGCGGCAACGGCAACGGCAGUGCCAACGGCAACAACGUUCGGUCGUUCACCUCGACGGAAGCACAAACGGAGGUGGCGCUUCAGAAUGGGCCCGAGGUCCUCGAGGAGCUGGCGAGCGAGUCACGUGGCGCGCGUCGCCGCGAGAGGCGAAUGCGGAGACAGCAUCGCCGGGCCCUGAGGAGUUGCUCGCUCCCACCGACUUAUCCGGGUGCCGCGAAUGCGGCCGUCGCGGUCGGUGCUUGCCCCGCGUCCGCGAACGCUCCCGGAGUGCCUUUGGUGCCACCUGCGAGGGGUUUUCUUCACCCGCCGCCACCUCAUCUCGGACUCAGGGGACUCAGUUUGGGCUUACCCUUUCCCGUACCUACCAGCGUUUCGGCAUUCGGCAGGGACGCAGUACCGAAGCAAUGUUGCGGCUUAGGUUCGCCACCGGUGCGUUGGUCCAUACUCGGCGUGGGAGUGGUGGGUCUGGUUUGUGCCGGUGCCGGUGCCCUUUUGGGCGCUCUCAGGGCCUCGGGACGCGAUCACAUCGCCGUGGCCCUACUCAUGAUCGGAAUAGGAGUGGUCCUGGUGAGCGUUAGCGCAGUGGCGUGGCGAGUGACCAGCCGAGAAAAUUGCGGCAGCUUCUUCGGUUUCACGGGGAUCACCGGUCGGAUUCCACCGGCGAGGCCGAUACACCCGUACGCUGCCAUGAUUUAUCCGGAAUUCCAAUUUAGAACGCCACCACCGAGUUACCAGGCGAGCAUGCAGGAGUACAGGUUACGGCUGCUGUUGCUAGACCGGCUACAGCCGACUUCGUCUCCGCCACCCACCUACAGGUCGAAUGCCAGUAGCAUCGUGGCGGCUGCUGGUGGUACUGUUCGAGAAAGUAGACCACCGAGUUAUUGCGCGCGAGGCAACGCUACGCCAAACGCGAAUCUGGUGCCCUCGAAGAAGGACGCGAAUCUCGUCAGGAUCGUUCAAACGGAGGCCGAUCCCGUAAUCCUUAGCGGCGAUCAAACGCCACCGAUAGCUGCGGUCGAGGUGCUCGCGCACCUCUAGCCCUUCGAGCUCCUUGAUCUAUCGUCUCUCUUUUCGAAGGACCCUGCUUCGCUACACUCCUCGAGGAUUCUCGAUUACUAUCGUUGGUCGUCGGAGCGUUCCGAGCGUCGCUUCGAUUCGUCACUUGAUGGAGAAUAAUUGGCGAACUUGACCUUCGAUUAAUUUUCGCCUAUCAAGGUUCACCCCGUUCCGAUAGAAAAGUAUAGAAAUAACGACGCUCCGAUGCCAAACGAUAUAAUCAUGGCCUAAUGUAGUCGGCGAUUCGUCGCGCGAAGGGAAUCGAUUCUAAGCCAUAAUACUGUCGUUCGAUGUUAGACGUUUGUAUCGUUAGUUUUAUAAGUUGUCCCUUUUUUUCCACGCGCGUCAGGAGUUUCUUUUCCCCGACAGUAUUUGCCGCCGGUACGAAGGCGGAUGCGUCUUCUUCUGAAAAUCAAUCUUUUUCCGAAAAAUUCUUUGCGAAAAAGGAUAUACGCGUGUGUAUAUUUUAAUCGUCUUGCGUUGUUCCACAAUGCCGAAAUUGCGUCGUAUCGAACGUAUCGGAGACGACAAGAGCCCCUAAGCUCUUGACGUCAACGAACGAUCUCGAUUUUUCAUAGAUGUAGUUAUACUGCGCCAUGACGGUCGUCGCUGACCCGACAAGAUAGAGAAUUGUAUAUUUUGAAUAUAUGUGUAAUCACGUA